AUGUUGGACCUGUUGCACCAUGAGACCGACCACGACCUCUGUCGGACUGUCCUCAUCUUCUGCUACUACGGUGGUUCCGACCACCACCUUUACCCCCACUUUGACCAUUAUUUUGAUUCGCACGCGAUGGAUUUGGAGCCCGAUUGUGAUGUUCAACAUCAAGAAUCAUUGGAGAGGAAGGAUGGUCGUGAUGAGAAGCUUGAACCAACCAAUUUUUCUUUUAAGACCACCGCCAUGCUCCAUCUCACAUACAGAUCUAAACAGAAAGAGAAAGAGAAUGGAAGUUUCAGUAUUUCGGAGCUACUUGACAAUGAUUCUUCUGCAAAGCCUUUUGAUGUUCCUUUUAUCGGAGAAGAAAAUGAGACUAAAGAUGUGGAAAUUGCUUUGUAUUUAAAUAAAGACGAUGGGGAUGGACAGACAGAAGAGGAUGCAAGAGAAGUAGAAGGUAAAGAUGAAAAUAUGGUGGAUAGAGACGGAGAAAGUCUUGGCUUACUGUGUCGAAUUCCUGGUGCCGACAGUUGUGGUGGCAGAGAAGGAGUGGCGUCUGGUGGAUCAAUCGUGGCCAUGUCAAAUGACGAAGAGAACAACAACAAUAAUAAGGUUCUAGAAUCUUGUUCAUCGCACCAAGAUGAUAAUGAUGGUCUUGAAUUGGGGCUAGGCUUGAGUAUCAGUGGUGGUGGAUUGAAGACGAAGGAAGAAGGUUCUAGAAUCUUGAGUGAUAAAUGUUUAUCUUCUUGUUCGUCUUCUUCGUCUUCCUCUGUGAAUAUCUCUAAUUCCUCCAUUGUUGGUACCAAGAGAGCUGUUGUUGACUCUGUUUCAUCUCCCAAUGCUACCAGCGUGGUUGGAUGGCCUCCGAUAGGAAAAGCUCAUCAGAAUCCAACAUUGGCUAACCGAAUUAAGCCGGAACACAACGAGUUUAGUUCAAGACCAGUAAACAACAACAUAAUCAAUGGUUAUCUAUCUGUAAAGGUGAACAUUGAUGGAAUCCUAAUCGGGAGAAAACUUGAUCUCAAUGCUCACAUCUCCUAUGAAACAGUAGCUCAGACCUUGGAGGACAUGUUCCAUGGAAGUUUAGGAUCCUCAAGAUUAUUCAAUGGAACAUCAGAGUUUCUGCUCACUUAUGAAGACAAAGAUGGCGACUGUAUGCUUGUUGGAGACGUUCCAUGGCAUAUGUUUCUUAGCUCUGUGAAAAGGCUACAGAUCCUUAGAGACACCAAAUCAAACGAACCCAACAAGAAAUCUUGA